GUUGUGAGAUGGUAGGAGUGAAGUUGCUAGGUGUUUCAUUGAGCCCUUUUAGUCGUAGAGUUGAAUGGGCUCUCAAGAUUAAAGGUGUUGAAUAUGAAUUUGUUGAAGAAGAUUUACAAAACAAAAGUCCUCUUCUUCUUGAAUAUAAUCCAAUUCACAAGAAAAUCCCAGUGCUAAUUCACAAUGGCAAGCCAAUUUGUGAGUCUAUGGUGAUUGUUGAAUACAUUGAUGAAACAUUUGAAGGACCUUCCAUCUUGCCUAAAGACCCUUAUGAUCGAGCUAUAGCUCGUUUUUGGGCUAAGUUCUUUGAUGAUAAGUGUAUGCCAGUAAUGGGGAAAGCUAUAUUUGGCAGUGGAGAGGAGUCAGACAAAGCUAAAGAGGAAUUGGUUGAUUUAAUAAAGAUUCUUGAAAAUGAGCUAAAAGACAAGAAGUACUUUGUUGGUGACAAAUUUGGAUUUGCUGAUAUGGCUGGAAAUUUGAUGGCAUAUUGGAUGGGAAUUGUUGAAGAAGCAUCUGGUAAUAUUUUUGUGACAAAUGAAAAGUUUCCAAUUUUUUGUAAUUGGAGAAAUGAGUACAUUAAUUGUAGCACAAUCAAAGAAUAUUUACCUCCAAGAGAUGAAAUACUUGCACAUUUCAAAGCUCGUUUUGAGGCUGCAGCAGCUGCCCAAAAAUAAAAACUAUCUACUUAGUGAAUUUUUUGAGUUUUUAUUUUGUGUGGCAAUAAAACUACCUUAUGUUAGUAGGUAGUAUGUUGUUGUUUUUUGAAAGUUUGUAAGUGAGUGCUUGUGAGUCAUCUUAUUGUAUUUACCUUUCCCAAGUAGUUGAGUUUGGAAACAAAAGAUGGUUGAGUGGACUCCUAAUUAAUGGAGUAUUAAUCCGUUAUCUUUGCAUUAAUUAUAUUAAAAUUAUUUUUUGUGCAAUAUAUAUUUGAUUUAAUAUAUUAAAAAUAAUAUUGUUGGGAAA